AUGGGUAAGGGCUUCACAAUCUUCCAAUUUGAGUCUGAGCAUGACAUGGCCCAGAUGUGGAAGAGAAGCCCUGUGAAGAUUGGAGGUCAACUCGUUCAGUUUCAAAGAUGGCGUCCAGAUUUUAGCAUCCAUGAAAAAUUGAUCAAUAAGGUCCUGGUUUGUGUGCGAUUUCCAGAUCUUCCUCUGGAAUAUUGGCAUGAAAAAGUCUUAUCGACAAUGGCCAAGGCGGUAGGGAGGCCAGUUGGUCUCGAUCAACGAACCAAGAACGUUAUCUACAGGAAUUAUGCUCGUGUUCUGGUGGAGAUGGAAGUGGGGGUUCCGAGACUGGAGGAAAUCCAAGUUGAACACAAACAGCCUGGGACUCAAACUUUGUUCUGGUUCAAGCAGCAGUUGAUCUACGAGGAUUCAUUAGGGAAAUGCAGUUUCUAUAAAAAACUGAGGCACCAAGUUCAUGCUUGCCGAGAAAAGAAGGCCUAUGACGAGCGGCUGAAUGCUCGAGACAAGGCAGGGAUACCAGGGGCGAUGUAUGAAGAAGACAGAGUCAACUCGGGAACGAGUAACUCUCCGGUUCGAAUCAUCACUUCUUUGGAAAGAAGGGAUCACGAUCUUGUGAAUUCAAAUUCAAAUCAUGUGAACACUGAUGGAGUGUUGGCGGGCUCUUUUAUUCCUAUUAAUUCUUUACCUCAUUUACCAAAUGUGGAGGAAGGAACGGCUCAUGAUAGGGAGAUUUUAAAUAAGGAAGCUUAUGAUAGUGAGGAGAUACACUCUAAAUCUUCUGAUUCAGAUAAGGAGGUGGUAUCUUAUGAUGAUGAGGUGGACCGGUCUGAUGAGGAGUCUAGCUCUGAAUCUAGGCCGAAAUCAGACCAUGAUAUGGUCAAGGAAGGAGAACCGAACCAGUUUGGUUCAGUUUCAACCACUGGUUCGUUGGAGCUUCAGUAG